GUUAAAAUUAUUAAAAGAAUACAGACACUGCAAGUUUUAAUAUCGAAUUGAUUCUGCAAAGAUGAAAAAAUUUACGAUAUUUUUCAUAUUUUGUUUUGUUUUAAGUUUCUGUAUAGCUGAAGAUGCAUUAAUUUGUAAACCGAAAAGCGUAUUUCAAAAUGAUUGUAAUAUAUGCGUUUGUGGAUCUUCUGGAUUAGAUUACUUCUGUUCAAAGGACGUAUGUUCAUCGAAAAAAAUUAAGAAAAUGAAUUCGUAUAAAGAUGAAGAUGAAUAUAACGACUAUGAUUUAGAUAACGUCGAUGAGUAUCAAAAUGAAGAUUUAAUUAAUAAUGCCACUGAUGAUGAGUCCAGGAACGUCAAUGGUAUAAAAACUGAAAAUGAUGUUGACGACAUAACUGACGAAGAUCAGAAUGAUAACAUUGAGAACGAAGAUGAUAUUUAUGAUUAUCCUCAGGACGAAGGACAAAAUAAUGAGGAUUUCAAUGAGUUAAGAUCAAGAGCAUGGGAUAGGUUCUACAGCUGCCAGGUUGGAGUUUCAACCAUACCCAAAGGACUCAACCGGUACACCACAAACAAACAAAUUCAACUCAACUCCAACAACUGGGAAUUCAGUUGAGGGCUGCAACCAACCCGGAUUUCCAUAGAUAAUUCCCAGUUUUAUCUUUAAUAUGAAUAUAUAUAAAUAUGAGUUGUUUUUAAUUCAUUACUGCAUUUAUUUGUUGUGCUCUUUUGGAUACGCAGUUAAUGUGAAUUUAUUAGGUUUCAAUAAGUUUAUUUGUUGCCAAAACUUUUUUAUAGCUCUUAGCAAUGAAUAUUAAAUUGGAUAAUCGUA